AUGGCAUCUAAUCUAGUUGAAGAUGUUUUGGCGGCAACAAUACAUGUUGAUUGUGCCUCGCUGCCCACAUCACUGCAUGAUUCACGCGUGCUCGUCGAUGUAACUGAUGAUAUGACACUGGUGCUGGGCUUUGAGCGUCAGAUUUAUAGCGCAGAAAUGAAAGAAACGGCUGGUCAAACGACAGUCUCGCUGAGCUGUAUUGAAGAAGUGAAGAACUUAUGUCUAGAUGAAUCGGAAGUGAUUGUGGAUGUGAAGUGGAUUAAUCACGAGCUAUUUUGCGUCGGCUACACGACGGGCGUCGUCCGCAUUUUCAAUCGAUUAGGCAAACUUGUGUUUGAGCAGAAGUUGCACGGUGCAGCAGUGCGCACGCUAGAAAUGAACCGCAAUGUGUCUACAAUAAUGGCAUCUCAUCGAUCCAGCGCUUUACUGUCGAGCGAGCUGGACAUAGAUGGUGAGCUUUGGGUCCUCUACGCGGAUUCAACUGUGGCUAUAAUUCAGCUUUCGGAAAUUCAAGCCAGGAUUAACUCAGCGAUGUUGAGACCCGCACAGGCCAGUAAAUUUAGAAAGUAUUCUUUACAACAACAAAAUGACAUUGUGGCGGCUUUCCCUUGUGGCCCUGUACGACCCACGAUUUUCCAGUCUCAUUCACGACUUGGUAUGUGCACUCUUAUGACUGCGGGCUCGUCCCCAUUCCUUGCGUUUUAUCAGGCGGGAAACGACCAGAAUUCCAUAAUUCAUUUAGCACAUAUUGCCACAGCCAUUGCUUCGAGAGCUGCAGGGGCUGUUUGGAGCUAUGCGACGAGUUGGGGGUACAGAGCGCUCGCUGGAAAUGGCAGACAUGCUGGAUUCCUGCAAUCUGAUGCUGAUGCGAUUGAUGCUGCGGCAGAACAUGUACCGGCUCCAAUCGGCAUGACUCGAUCGAUCUACGAAGAUGAGCGGCGACGAUGCAAAGGGCUAGUUCUGAGUCCUUCAGGCAAAUUAGCGGCUGUUGCAGACUCACUUGGAAGGAUUUUGUUGAUCGAUACUUUGCGAAUGGUUGUCAUUCGGAUGUGGAAGGGUUAUCGGAAUGCGCAGUGUGGCUGGAUACAAGGGCUGGAAAGAAAUUGUUGGCGUCCAGGGCUUUAUUUGGUUAUUUACUCUGCCCAACGUGGUAUAGUCGAAUUAUGGCGUGCACGAUAUGGACCAAAAGUUUUCUCUCUUGGCGUUGGUAACAGUGCAAGACUGAUCACCCAGUUUAAUCCAGUCACCAGAAAAUCGAAGUGUAUCGUCUUGAUCGAAAAGACUGACAAAUUACUUGAAUUAGUUGAGUUGAGACCUGGAUUAUCCAACACGUCUACUUUGACGAAUUAUUUCACACAAAACAAGCUUCAAGAGGAACAGUUUCUUUUGCAUCAGGUUAUUGGAGGCUUUCAAGCUUUCGUGAAGAAAAAACAUGUCGACUCGACCCAUUCAGGGGUGCUGGAAUCGUUACUUGAAGAAAUUGGCUGCUUUACGUCGUCAACAACGAUCCAGGCGCUGUUCGAAGUUUUCCUCAGCUCAGAUAUGGCUUUGCUUGGUGCGCACUUUCUCUUAAGAGCCUUGGAAAAAUUGCAGCUGGCACUAAAAAAUGGAAUGUCCUCGAAAACUUUAACUGGAGUUGAGCUUUCCCUACAGUGGAAGCUUCUCUGGCAUCAUCGCCUUGUGUCUACCUUUAUUAAAUUCCAGACCAAGUUUGAGCGAAGCAAGCAUGCGCUUGAUCUGAUGGUACACACCGUAAGAGAAAAAGAUUUGCAGGCAAAUGCAAACGAUCAGGAUUCUGGCUUUCUUAGGCGUCUUCUUCCAUGGUUCGAAUUGUUACGACGGGCUGGCGCUUCACUUGGUGAUGAAUCGUGUAGCCGGACGCGCAAAGCGAUUAAUGACGCUAGCCAGCUCACGGCGUGGGAAUUUAUAGAGUUUUUCUCUAUGCCAUUUAAUGAUCCUGACUUGCCACGACGACGCGACAUUCUUUCAUUGUACGAAGUAGCUGAUUCCAUGGACGAUUUCUUACGAGAAACUUUUCACGUACUAAAUCUUCCAGUUCUCCGCGAUCAUUGCAAAGAAGCUCGACAGGACUGCCUUCUUACGUUGAUAUUUGCUCCACUGCUAUCGAAUGUAUUUGAAGUACAGGAGCUUCAUUUACUUCAUUCAGCCAUUUUUUUUACGAAAGACAUUAUCACACGACUUUUUAUUGAGUGGUAUUAUUCACUACCUCUCGGUACUGUAAUUGCGCUGCCUCAACCUUCCAAGUCUUCGUCUCUAUAUCGCUGGGGGGACAACUCGAAUACCGAUUUUUUGUCAAACGAAAUCCGUUUACGACGUUUGCGUGAUUGCCCGCUUUCUCUAAGAGCAAUCUUUGAGUCCUGUUGGAAGACGCCCAAACUAUUUCAUGGAUUUGUGCUGAGUGAACACUGUGGUUGGGGUGAGAAGCAGUUUGCAAAGCGUGCUGAAGAAGACACGCUUGGUCAGUAUAGCAGUGCUGGUAGUGGAACACGCUGGAUCAUUUUGCAGGAUUGCAUUGCAGUAACGGUACAUUUGUCAUUGCGGCUCGGAAAGUACGGCCAGUUAUCUGUGGAUACAGUGGAGCAUGUGGAUGAGAUUUUGCGAAAUAUAGCUGUCAUGCAGAUAAAUGAAGGCCAUGAUCCUGGCGAAGACGAUGCCGCUAUACAAAUACCAAAAGACCAUGUCGAUAUCGGUCUGAGAAAUGAUGGAGCUGAUGGCUGGGUUGCGACGAUGGAAAAUUGUCGUAAAGCUGUUCAAAUGAAGGACUGGAAAGCUAUAUUACGCGUCUAUCCUCAGCUCGCAGAUAAAGAUACUUUGUGCUGCUUCCGAGUAGCUUUUCUUUGCGCGGCUUGGAAUGCUGAGCGAUCUGCUAUGCGGCAAUUGGAGGAUGCAUUGCUGGAACUUGAAUGUGUUACGUCACUUCAGAUUAAAGCCGCCAUGGCAGCAUACAUUUGGGAAAAAUACAUCCGCGUGCACGUCGUGACGCUGAUCACAUUUUGGGAGGAGAGUGCUGCUGGUAAGAAGGCGCAACGGGGUCUUCAGCCACAGGUCGCUCGCCGCUUUUUCGGCAUCAUUUCAAAUUUGCUUAUCACACUGCUUGAUGCAGUGAAGACACUCUCAGCGGCUGGGGUUGUGUCGACAGCGUACGGACAUGCCGAAGCUGAUAGCGACUAUGAUGAUGAAUUAAGCGCCACAGACUUCCUUCCUGCUGAUGACGACUUUGGCAAGAGCAUAUCUCGAGAUUCUAUAUUCAGAAUCAAUAACCUUACUGAGCCUAUCGAAUGGCACUGCCAGGUGAAAGAUCUUCAUAUAAUGUUCCGAAAAAAGUGGCCACCUUCGCACGUUACUACGGCGCUUAUGCAAGCACUGAAAAGCUAUUCAUUCGAUAUGUCCUCGGUUGCGCUUAUCACCGAUCACAUCAGUCUAAUCAUGCUGCUUGACUCAUUUGCUGCGUCAGCAGUCACGCCGAUUACGGUUGCCAAGCUGUUCACGAAUAAUGGCCAGCAUUUGUGCCGCCCGAACAGUUUACUCAAAACUCAAAUGCAGAUUCAGCCAACUGAAGAGGAGAGAAGUGCUGUCGGUCGAGAACGUUCAGUGUUUUUGAAAGAGCUUCUGCGUCACGAUGACACAUUAGGUUUUGCAUUAGCAGAGGCAUUUGGACUUUCGUUAGAGGUGAUUCUUGAAGAGUAUGUGCUAUACUUGUAUCAGUCUGGGCAAGACGAGCGGGCAGACGUGGUCGUCGAAAAAAUGAAGCGACCAGAGCGAUUAGCUAUAAAGCUAGGGGCCAUUGCAAGGGCUCGACUGUCACUUAUAUUAAGACGGAUGAAAGUUGAGACGGAGUAUGCUGCAGUGAUGAGUAUGCUUCCUGCCGACGUAUUUACUUGGGUGGUCAACAACGCCAAGCCACCCCUUGUGGCGGAUCCUCUCGUCGAAGAACUCGACCAUACACCAUCACUAACCUCUACUCAUUGCUUGCUGCUUAGGUGCUUGACUCUGUUAGUACCUUCCAGUGAGGAUUUUGAAAAGGUUUCUGCCAUGCUUGUACUUGUAAAGGACGUCAUCAGCCAGGUGAAAGUGCAGUCGUAA